ACAUUCUUGACAUAAAAAAUAAAGCGUUCAUGAGCGAAUGUCACGAGUGCAUUGGUGCAGCCAUGCAUUGAAUAUUAAAUGACAUUCGUCGAUGAAAGUGGUGACACGCGAAGGAACGCGAAGACAACGGCGACGCGUACAGCUAUUAAUUUCCACGAGAAAACACACCACUAGCGAACGAUCGCUCCCAUUCUUAACGUUGGAACACGUCCGGCGUGGUUGCCAUUAGAAAUUGAUUUCCAGUUGCCAGGCAACGUUCAGUUUAAGUUGCCACCAUGAUAGCCAUGCUUGACCGGCAGUUAGUCGGCUGCAAGUUUCGCCGCACAACGUUCAAGCAUGGGCCUGACGGAUCUAGAAACGAUACCUGAAACAGGAGCAGUAUUUACAAUUGGACGAAGUAGAUUUGCGGACAAUGUUGCAUCGCAUUUUUUCAUACGCAGGGAUCCGGUGCUCUCUAUUACUUGCGGAGACGAACAUUCUGCUGUUAUAUGUCAAACCGGUAGACUCUUCGUCUUUGGAAGCAACGAUUGGGGUCAACUUGGUCUCGGUCAUAAAAAUCAUAUCAGCAAGCCAUCCUGUGUAAAAGCUCUGAAGCCCGAAAGGGUCACUCACGUUGCAUGCGGACGAGCACACACGCUAAUUUGCACAGGAUCGCAGAAGAUUUUUGCGUGUGGUAGCGACCAAGAGGGACAACUUGGUCGAGGAAUUUCCGCAAUAGGCGAUUCCGCAAAUACUCCUGUAUUGGUGUAUGAUUCGGGACUAUCAGGACCAAAGAUCGUUCAAAUUGCUGCUGGUUCUCAUCAUUCUCUCGCACUUACCAGCGAUGGUGGCGUUUUCGCAUGGGGUAGCAACCUCGAGGGCCAAUUGGGACUUCCAGAUGUAUCCGGCUUGGUGAACAAACCGACCAAAGUACAUGUUCCUGAACCUGUUAAACAAAUUGGCGCCGGAUAUUAUCAUUCCACGUUUCUGACAGAAAGUGGUCUCGUUUACGUCUGUGGUGAGUCAGAAAGUGGGAAAUUGGGGAUCGAUGCCAGCUUUUCUACACAGGUCGCGCCUAAACAGAUGCAAUUACCGAGUCCUGCUGUACAUGUCGCGUGUGGUGGUCAUCACACCGUCGUUCUAGCUGAAAAUGGGAAUUUAUAUUGCACCGGAAGUAAUUCGAGCGGUCAGCUUGGUCUAGGAACUAAUUUGUCGGAACUUCAUAUACCGAAACUUCUUCCACGUGGCAUGCUUCGAAAUGAAACAAUUACUCGAAUAUCUUGCGGGGAAAGUCACACCGCUGUUGUUACUGAAUCUGGAAAACUGUAUACGUGUGGCGACGGAAGGCACGGAAAAUUAGGAUUGGAGGAGAACGAGAACAACGUCCAUGAACUAACCUUCGUUCAAAGAUACAAGGAUCUCUUCGUUUCGAAUGUUGCGUGCGGUGGCUGCCACACGAUUUUAGUUGGUCAAAGACGCGACACGAAUAGUCACUCGCAAAAAAAAGACAACUCGCAAAUGGAACACAUUCAAAAAAGAAAUUCAUUACCACCAUUAAAGCUUCCUGUAAAUAGGCUACAAAGUGAAACUCAUGACGAAAAUGUUAAUGAAAUAAUCAAAGAUAGGUUGAAUCAAGGAAAUAAUAUUACGGAAUCUAUAACAAAUGCACAGGAAGCUAUAGAAACAUCUAUGGAAACAAUCGAAGAAAACAUAAAAAAUAAGGUAGACGAUGUCACGAAUAACGUUAUAGAUUUCAUGAAUAAUAUCGAGAAAUCAGAUAGUCCUCGAAAUAGUCCUGAAAAGUCUACGAAUGGCAAGCCAGAAGAAAUAUCAUCGAAUGCUAUGUCUAACGAAGAAAACGCUGAAGCGACAUCAAAAGAAAUGUCAGCUGAUAUAGGCGAAUCCGAAGAAUCGAAACUAGAAGAACACGAACAUUCAGUACCAAAGAGGGAGGAAGAAGAAUCAACGACGAAGACAAACGUUAAAAGCGAAAACGUUCAAAAAGAAAAGAGAUCUGAAUCAAUGGAUAAAGAAGAAAAUAACGAAGAAAACAAUAACGAAACGACCACAGAAGCUACGAUAAAUAAUACGGGAAACGAAGAAGAAAUUAAUGUUGAAAAUGGUAAUACAGAAAAUAAAGAUGAAACAGAUGGUAAACGAAAGAAUAGUCAAGAUGUUAAGACAGAACCGAUGGAAGAACCGAUGGAAUCAAAUAACGGCGGUGAUACUAAACUAGAGACGAGUCCUGAGAAACAAACGUCUCCCUCGGAUUCUACGCCACCGCCAAAACCACCGAGAUUAAAAUCUACAAGUGAAAAUUCUUCCACCGACAAUGAGAAGACAUCGUCGAUGGAAAAAGAAAAUGAAAUAAAGACGGAAGAUACUUCGGAAAAGAAACCAGAAACAAUCGAAGAAAAUGAGUCGGAGAAAAAAAAGGGAUCAGGGUCGAUGAAAUCCACGAGGAGUAGCGGGAGUAUUAAGUCCACAAGGUCGAGAGCGAACAUGGAAGAGGCGAUAGAAAUCGACCAACAAACCGACAAAGCUAAAAUUAUUGAAGAGGAAAAAGUGAAUAACGAUAAUGUUCAGGACGAUGCCGAUGUGCAAUCGCCGCCUCCAAGAACUGGUAAGGAGGAUAAAGUAAUCAGAAAAUGAUAGAAAGAUUUAUCUAAAAGAUGAAAAAUAAAAUAGAUAUAAAAUAUUUACGUAAAUUUCGAAUUUGUUAUAUUUUUAAUCAAUUUCUGAUAUUGUGU